UGUUCCCGUUCUCUCUCACACUAACCCCACUCUCGCUUUCCUUCCCUCCAACCAAAACUGUCAAUUUGUAUAGUCUUCUCUCCAUAUAUAAAACCAUAAUAUCUUUGUUUCCUCUCAAGUCUCUGUCUUUCCUUUUCUUAUAAUUUUACGGACUGAGAAAAUCCUUCACUCAUCUUCUACUUCACCGUCUAGUUAGGGUUAGGUUUUUUUUUUUUUAAUGGAGAUGCAUUUUCAUCUCUUACUUUUCUUCUCUUCUUUACUGUUUUUCGAUGGUUUAGGGGAAGACUUCUUCUCUUCUCCGUCUCCGGAUGUUCGAGCACUUCUCGAAUUCAAGAAAGGUGUGCGUGUCGAUCCGUCUGGCAUCGUUUCCAAUUCAUGGGACCCGACUUCUGUUGAAUCGGACGGUUGCCCUCGCAGCUGGUCUGGGAUCUCUUGUGGCGGCGGCGGUUAUGUCACUGACAUCGUCCUUGAUCGACUAGGCCUGAUCGGUGAUUUGAAAUUCUCCACUUUGAUUGGGUUGAGAAUGCUGAGGAAUCUUAGCCUUUCCGGUAACUCUCUCACUGGACGUCUUGUUCCCUCGAUUGGCAGCUUGACUUCUCUGCAGCAUUUGGAUCUGUCAGGGAAUCACUUCUACGGGUCCAUCCCGGGCCGGAUCACAGAGCUAUCGAAUCUGGGUUAUUUGAAUCUCUCGUCGAAUAAUUUCACUGGUGGAUUCCCAACUGCAAUCCGGAAUCUGCAGCAACUGAAGUUUCUGGAUUUGCAUUCAAAUAGCCUGUGGGGUGACAUUGGGGUUCUGUUGUCUGAGUUGCGCAACACGGAGUAUGUUGAUAUCAGCUGUAAUACAUUCUAUGGGGGAAUUGCAUUGGAUUCACAGAAUAUUUCGAGCUUCCUGAAUACUGCUCGUUAUGUGAAUUUAAGUUACAAUAACCUGGUCGGGGAGUUCUUUUCACAUGGUUCGAUUCAGAUGUUUAGGAACUUGGAAGUUUUGGAUGUAGAUCACAAUCAGAUCAUUGGAAAGCUUCCAUCGUUUGACUCGUUGCCAUCGCUUCGAGUCUUACGUGUUGGAAACAAUCAGCUCAAGGGGUCUAUUCCGAUGGAACUCUUUGGGAGUUUUGUGCCAUUGGAAGAACUGGAUCUCAGUGGCAACAGAUUUUCUGGCUCUAUUCAGAGUAUCAACUCUACAACUUUGAAGGUUUUGAAUCUUUCAUCAAAUGCACUAUCAGGUUCAUUACCUUCCACUCUAGGAAGCUGUGUGAAAGUGGAUUUGAGUAGAAAUAUGAUUUACGGAGGCAUUUCCGCAAUGCGGAGCUGGGGUGAUUCUUUGGAGGUUAUUGAUCUGAGUUCUAAUGCAUUGUCCGGGAACUUUCCAAAUGUGACCCUUCAGAUGCUGACUUCUAUCAAGAUCAGGAAUAACUCUUUAGAAGGAGUUCUUCCAUCUGUACUAGGAAGCUACCCAAAGUUGACUACCAUUGACCUUAGCCUUAACAACCUUACAGGAACGAUCUCGAGUAGCUUCUUUGUGUCAUUGACCUUGACAAAUCUGCAUCUCUCAGGAAAUGGCUUUACUGGAACAAUUCCUCUACAGAGCUCAGACUCAAUUGAAGCAUUAGUUAUACCUUCUCGUUCUCAGAUGGAGUCCCUUGAUCUGUCUGAUAAUUCAUUAACCGGUGCUUUGCCUCCAGCAAUAGGCAACAUGGUGAGGCUUAAGUUGCUGAAUCUUGGGAAGAAUAAUUUGUCAGGAGGGAUACCAAGUGAAAUAACCAAGCUUAAUGAUUUGGAGCAUCUCAAUCUAUCUUGCAACAAUUUCAAGGGUGAGAUCCCCGAUAGGCUUUCAGCAAGUCUAAAAGUAUUCAAUGUGUCCUAUAACAAUUUAUCGGGUCAUGUUCCUGAAAAUUUGAGGAGGUUUCCAUACACCUCAUUUCAUCCUGGAAAUGAUUUACUAAUCUUCCACAACAUUUUUCCUUUAUUCCAGCCAGGGAACAAUGGUUAUGGCAGGGGCCAUCAUCAUCUGAAGUCUUACAUUAAAGUAGCAAUUAUUGUUGGGUCUUUUGGGGCCCUCAUGAUGAUCAUCAUUGUCUUGCUGGCUCAUACUAGGUCACGGUUGCAAGAGCUUCAUGGCAGAGAUGGGUUGAGCGGCCAAAAUACUGGCAGAGAUGUUACAUCGGGGAUAUUUACUUGUCCUACCCUCUUCGGGUUCAUCAGAAAUACUGACCUUGUUCCAACUUCGUUGAGUUUUUCUAAUGACCAGUUGCUAGCUUCAGAUGCUAGACCCUCAAUAGCUAAACAGAAAGAGUUUGUAACUGAAAUUGCAGAACAUGGCAUUCCUGAGUUAAAAGAAGCAGCUUCAGAGUCCAUAAAGUCCAACGUGCCAGAUAAAUGUCUUCCGGCCACGGGAUGGAGGUCCUCUCCGGGUUCCCCAUUAUCUUCUUCCUCCCACUUUAUUGAAUCAUGCGCAGCUGAGCAACCUGUGACAUUAAGUGUGUAUUCUCCAGAUCGAUUGGUUGGAGAACUAUUUUUCCUAGACAGUUCUCUAGUAUUCACGACUGAGGAACUGUCUCGUGCUCCAGCAGAAGUUCUUGGUAGAAGCAGCCAUGGGACUUUAUAUAAAGCAAUGUUAGAUAGUGGCCAUAUGUUGACUGUGAAGUGGUUGCGAAUAGGCCUUGUGAAACAUAAGAAAGAAUUCACCAAGGAAGCCAAAAGAAUUGGAACUAUCAGGCAUCCCAACAUGGUUACAUUAAGAGGUUACUAUUGGGGGCCUAUGGAACAAGAAAGGUUGAUUCUUGCAGAUUAUGUUGAUGGUGAUAGCUUAGCACUCCAUCUCUAUGAGACUACACCUAGAAGAUACUCACCGUUGUCAUUCAGACAGAGACUGAAGAUCGCAGUCGACGUUGCUCGGUGUUUGUAUUACCUCCAUCAUGACAGAGGCUUGCCUCAUGGUAAUCUAAAGCCAACAAAUAUACUCUUGUCAGGGCCUAAUCUUACUGCUCAGCUCACAGACUAUGGUCUCCACCGUCUCCUGAAGCCUGCCGGCACUGCCGAACAGAUCUUGAACUUGGGUGCGCUUGGAUACAGGGCACCGGAGCUUGCCACUGCAAGCAAACCGGCUCCAUCAUUUAAGGCCGAUAUCUAUGCUUUUGGGGUGAUUUUGAUGGAGCUCUUGACGAGAAAAAGUGCUGGUGACAUAAUCUCGGGCCAGUCAAGUGCAGUUGAUCUCACUGAUUGGGUUCAGCUGUGUGCCAACGAAGGACGAGGUGUGGACUGUUUUGACAGAGACAUCGCAGGGGCGGAGGGAACCCCAAAAGCAAUGGAUGAAAUGCUUGCAGUGUCUCUCAGGUGCAUUCUUCCUGUAAACGAGAGACCUAACAUCCGGACAGUCUUUGAAGAUCUCUGCUCGAUAACAGUCUGAUGUUUGUGUACAUCCCUCGGAAUUGACUUCCCGCCAUUCUUUCUAUAAAAAAAAAUUUCAUUUCAUAGCUGAGUUUAGAGCUUCUAACCCUGGCUAAUCUUUACAUUUUUUUCUCUCUGUAAAGGGGAUGAUUGAUCCAUUGAUUGAUUGAUGUUGUUUGAGUUUGAGAUUGAACUGAGAAGUUUGUAUCUAGUGGGUUUUCUAAUAACUAAUGCUCCCAUGCCGUUUUGUUA